CAAUUGAAGCUUUUCCAACAUAUCUUAUUCUAUCAGUUUAACGAUCGCCAUUUGCGCUUGAGCUCUGAUGAAAUCGGUCGUAGAAAUAAAUUGAAAAAUAAUACAUUUGGAGCUAUUCAUAUAUGAUAAUUUCUUUGGGUGACCUUCUAUUCAUUGGGUUGUAUCUACCUACCGAGAAGGGGAAACAGGAAUAUCGAAUCACUAACCAGACUUUUGUGUCCUAAGUCCUAACAACAUCAACAUCGACAACAUCACUAUUUUAAAUUACUGUUAUUACACUCAUAGAAAAUGCUACCUUUACAAAGGACUUUGCUUCAACCAUUAAAGCACAGUCUUAGGAACUAUUCAAAUGUAGCUCCAACAACAAAACUCUUCAUCGAUGGACAAUUCGUCGAAUCUAAAACCUCCGAUUGGGUUGAUCUGCAUAAUCCAGCCACCAAUGAGGUAGUUACAAGGGUACCGCUGACCACUGGAGAAGAAAUGGAAGCUGCUGUCGAGUCCUGUAAGAGAGCUUACGAAUCUUGGAGUAAAACUACAGUAUUAACCAGACAACAGUAUAUGUUAAAACUACAAGCCCUGAUCAGGAGAGAUUUGAAGAAGAUCGCUGCAAAUAUCACCACGGAGCAAGGGAAGACUUUAAUAGAUGCCGAGGGGGACGUCAUGAGGGGAAUUCAGGUGGUAGAUCAUAGCUGCGCUGCAGGAACUCUUCUUCAGGGAGAAUCCUUACAAAACAUAGCCAAGGAUAUGGAUAUUGUGUCAUACAAAUGCCCUCUUGGAGUCACUGCCGGAAUAUGCCCCUUCAACUUUCCUGCUAUGGUUCCUCUUUGGAUGUUCCCUCUGGCUCUAAUCGCAGGAAAUACAAUGCUGGUUAAACCUUCCGAAAGAGAUCCCGGGGCUACUAUCAUGCUGAUGGAAUUGAUGAAUGAAGCUGGAGUACCACCUGGUGUGGUAAACGUGAUCCAUGGAACCCACGACUCCGUCAACUUCAUUUGUGAUCACAAAGAUAUCAAAGCUAUAAGCUUCGUUGGCUCUGAUAAGGCUGGUAAAUACAUCUACGAAAGAGGUGCAAGAAACGGCAAGAGGAUUCAAUCUAACAUGGGUGCUAAAAACCACGCUAUCAUAAUGCCUGAUGCUGAUAAGGAAGCUACAAUCAACCAGAUCAUCGGAGCUUCCAUGGGAGCUGCUGGUCAGAGAUGUAUGGCUAUCAGUGUUUGCAUUCUGGUAGGUGAGAGCCAAAAGUGGAUCCCAGACUUGGUCAAGAAGGCGCAAGAGUUGAAGGUCAAUGCAGGGCACGAACCUGGUACUGAUUUAGGGCCAGUUAUUUCUCCCCAAGCGAAGCAAAGGAUUUUGGAUUUAGUGGCAGCUGGAAUCAAGCAGGGAGCAAAUAUAGCUUUAGAUGGAAGGAAUAUCAAAGUUCAAAAAUACCCCAAUGGUAACUUCGUCGGGCCUACCAUCCUCACAGAUGUGACUGUGGACCAAGACUGUUACAAAGAAGAAAUCUUUGGCCCUGUUCUUUCCGUAAUGUCCGCUGACACCCUCGAAGAUGCCAUCAAAAUCAUUAACUCCAAUCCCUACGGGAAUGGUACAGCCAUAUUUACUUCCAAUGGAAGUUCUGCUAGACAUUUCGUUGAUGAAGUUGACGCUGGUCAAAUUGGUGUAAAUGUUCCUAUUCCGGUUCCUCUACCUAUGUUCAGCUUCACUGGGUCCAGGGGAAGUCAUCAUGGUGAUUUGCACUUUUAUGGAAAACAAGGUCUUAAUUUCUAUACGCAAACGAAGACUAUAACCUCUUUGUGGAGGAAAGGACAAGCAGUGACGAAGUCUUCAGUUUCCAUGCCUGUUCAUAAUUAAAGAUAGAACGGUUGAAAAAGAACUGGUAUCAAAUUUGUCUUCCAUAAUGAUAUAUUUGUAUCAAAACACAUACUCAUAUUGAAGUACGACUGAUUACUUGAAUUUUAAGCUAUUAAAAUAAAUAUUAUGUAUUU